UAAAACUCGCGCCCAGAUUCACUGCUUUAAAGGUUCGGGUAAUCGGGUCUGGAGCUUUUCUCUUCACCAUAGCCCCUGCCCCCUUAAUCUAUUUUCUCCCCUCUGCCUCUCCAAAAGCCCCAAAUUUCCCAGCAAAACAAAAAGCACACGCACAACACACACUUAAACAGUUAAAUUUCACUCAAUUCAAAUUCUUCUUUCCCGUUUUGCUAGUUGUCUUUCCCCUGCUCUCGCAAAUCUCUGCAUUUAGGGUUUUAACGGCAGGAAGGCGCGAAUUUUGAAAUUUUGCAGAAAACGAAUUAGGGUUUUUUUUGAAAAACGGAUUCUUAAUCGGAAUUGAUGAAUGCUGUAUCCCAGUGGUGAGAGAGUGAUGGUGGCGGUAGUGGUGGAUUGCAAGUGAAGCGAAGUGAGUUUAUUUUGAUAUUGGAAAUGAGAGCAGAACAGGGCUGAGUUGAUAUGAGUAGAUUGUCAUUUAGGCCGCGUCCGCUUGACAUUCACAAGAAACUUCCCAUUGUAAAAUCUGUAAAGGAUUUUGAGGAUGAUGAUACACCUACAACUACUCGUAACUCUCAGAUACUCCGCUUUGCUGCUGAGGCUGACAUUGAGGUACCACAAGUUUCUAGCAAGAAAUCUGCUGCUGAAAUACCUACACCACAAUUCGUGGUUGUUGACACAUAUGAAAGAGACUACUCCCGCACUUUUGGUCAACCAACGUCGUAUCUACGUGCAAGAGGAGCUCGAGCUGAGAUCGGGGAGUUUAUCGAAUAUGAUCUCGAUAACGAGGAUGAGGAUUGGCUACAAGAGUUCAACAGAGAAAGAAAGAUCCUACCGGCUGAAAAGUUUGAGACCAUUCUUUUUAAGUUAGAGGUUUUGGACCAUAAGGCUCGGGAAAGAGCAGGAAUUAUUACUCCCACACUUGGCCCACCAGUUCCUGUGCUUCUGACUUUUGAUGCUGCUGUUGAGGCUUUACAAUCCCUGUCAAUCAAGUACGGAGUUUUCCAGUCUAUUUACAAUUACUGGAAAGAAAAGCGGGAAAGAUGGCAAAAGCCUGUUCUACGGCGUUUGCAGCCACCUCCUCCAGUUAAUGACACCAAUCCCUAUAAUGUGUUUAGGCCGAGGGAGAAAGCUCACAGACUUCACACGAGGAGGAUGCAAAGGAGGGAAAACAAUGUGCAGUCGUUUGAAAAGCUUCGUCAGGUCAGACGCAAUCUUGAACAAGCAAAAACCAUAUUGGAUGCUUUGGUCAGGAGAGAAGAGAAGAAAAGAGAUGUUAUGGAGAGCGAGGUUAGCCUUCAAAGGAUUCAAAUGAAGUACAAGAAUGAAACCGAGCUUCUUGAAGACAGUUUGGCCCUGCCAGGAUUGCCAUCAUUCCCCAGCAAGGUGGUGUCAAGUGAUGAGGAAUUUGUUGAUUCUGACGAUGUUGCUAACAGUCGUCCACACCUGCGGCCUGUGGCUGCACAAAAUCCACCUUUUAUGGAUUCAAAACUGGUAAUGGCUUCUGCAGCAAGCACAAGGCGGGAUGUCAAACGGCAAAAUGGAUGGCUGAAUAAAUUGGAUCCAGAUGAGCCAGUUAUGUUGUUUACAAAGCCCCUAGAUCCAGAAAAGUUGGCUGCUGCUGGCAUUGUUCCGCCACAGGCUUCUUUAAUACCAGAUGGAGAAUCUACACCAUCAGUCAACUUUCCCAGUUUCUGUGGAAGAAUUGGACGUGGGGGUCGAAUUAUUUUUGAUAGAUGCAAUCCUCUUAUGCUUACUCCACCUGACUCUGGUGAAACUUGCUAUGUACCGCCAAAACCCCGACAGGCUGUAAAUCCUUGAUUUUGUCACUACUGUUUCUUUGGUAAAGGUGCCUCCAUCUGUAUGUAUCGAGAUGUUGUAUUUGUUGAUGAUGGCUGAGAUACAUGAGUAGCGCCUGGACUUAGUUGCUUUCAACGCCUGUUUACUGGCAUUUUAUAUAGGCAGCCAGUUCUCCUGCCUUCUUGUAGGCAGUGAUCAGGAGAUAAUUCCUUCUUGGAGGAGUAUGCUUUUUCAUUUACCUUUGCCAAUUGUACAAUGAUUCCGGUGAGGAUGAAAGGGAAAAAGGGCCUCUAUUUUUUUUUC